CCAGUUUUCGCACCGAAAGGGAAAAAUAGCGGGAAAAUGCAGAACUGGAGAAGCAGCUUUUAUUAGGGCACGCCCCUUGAGUUGAGACUUGGGGUGAUUUUGGGGCUACCAUCAAAUUGAAAUCAAAGCCAUGGAGAUGAACGAUGGCGAUAACGAAGAGUUUGGGUUGUCCAGAAAUUACUUUCUGGCAAAGGAGCUCCGUGGCUCCGGCAAGAGAUCUCAUUCUAAGCUCUCUGAUAUUGACGUCGUUGACGAACAGGAACUGAUUGCAGCAGUAUCUAAAAUCGAACCAAAACAUGAGAAAGAGGUCAAGGAAUUGAUGAACAGUUAUAAAAGUUCGUACCCUGAAUGGGCUUUUGAGCUAAGAUGUGGUCUUGGCCUUCUUAUGUAUGGAUUUGGAUCGAAGAAGGCCUUGCUUGAAGAUUUUGCUUCAACAUCAUUGACCGAGUAUUCUGUGGUUGUUGUCAAUGGAUAUCUUCCAGGAAUAAAUAUAAAACAGGUUGUGGCAGCCUUAGCUGAACUUCUGUGGGAUCAACUGAAAUCCAAAAGAAAGAAUCCUGGGAGCUCUUCCAAAGUUCAACAGCCAUUUAGUUCUAGAUCCAUGGAUGAUCUUCUUGCAUUUUUGGAUGAGGAAAGGAAAAACGAAUGUUUUGUAUGCGUUGUCAUUCAUAACAUCGAUGGGCCUGGAUUAAGGGACUCUGAAACCCAACAAAUUCUUGCACGAGUUGCUUCUUGUUCCCAUAUUCGCAUGGUGGCCUCUAUCGAUCAUGUGAAUGCACCUCUUUUGUGGGACAAGAAGAUGGUUCACACACAGUUCAACUGGUGCUGGCAUCAUGUUCCUACCUUUGCACCAUACAAGAUUGAAGGAAUGCUCAUUCCCCUGAUUCUUGCGCAUGGAAACACCACCCAAAGUGCCAAAAGUGCUACAAUAGUUUUGCAGAGUUUGACAUCCAAUGCCCAGAGUGUGUUCAAAGUUCUUGCAGAAUAUCAACUAUCUCAUUCUAAUGAAGAAGGUAUGCCCGUUGAUAAUCUGUAUGCAAGCUGUCGAGAGCGCUUCCUAGUGAGCAGCCAGCUUACGCUUAACUCCCAUUUGACAGAAUUCAAAGAUCAUGAGUUGGUCAAGACCAAAAGGAAUUCUGAUGGCCAGGAUUGUUUGCACGUCCCUCUCACAAAUGAGGCACUUGAAAAACUCAUAGCGGAGCUUAGUCAGUGACUUGUUAAACUAUUCGGGCCUCAAAGAUUAUGUAGAUUUGAAGUC